AUGCACGCACUUCCCCCCCCCUCUCCGCACCCUCCCCCUCCCCCCUCCGCCCCCACCCCCUCCCUCCUCCCGCUCUUUCCCGUCCCCCUUCUGCCCCUCACCCGCGCCUGGUGCAGGGCUGGCAGCUCGCAAGGCAUGGGCACUGUCAAACCCCCCCUCCUCUCCCGCCCGUCCCCCUUCCGCCCCCCACGCAGCGCUAGCGGGCCUGGUGCAAACUGUACCCCUCGUGCUGCCACCCCUUGUGCUCCCACCCCUUGUGCUGCCACCCCUUGUGCUGCCACCCCUUGUGCUGCCACCCCUUGUGCUGCCACCCCUUGUGCUGCCACCCCUUGUGCUCCCAGGAGGCUGUCGCAGGCCAACAUUCUGGGCGAGAUGCCAGAUGUCAUCGGCAAUCUCACCUCCCUCACCGCUCUGUACGCCUCCACACCGCACGCCCCCUGGGACUCUCAUUCCUCCCUCCCUUGCCUCCAUGCCGUUCCCUUUAUGCUCCCCACUCUCCCACUCUCCGCACCCCAUCGUUCUAGACACCCCCAUCCUUCUCCACACCCCCCUCAAUUUCCGCACUUUAUACUCCCUUGCUCACCUGCACUUCCCAUGCACCGUUCCCUCAACCCAUGCACCGUUCCCUCAACCCAUGCACCGUCCCCUCCGCCCAUGCACCGUCCCCUCCGCCCAUGCACCAUUCCCUCACCAUUCUCCUAUCUGGACAGCAACCGGUUUUACGGCUCUCUGCCUGCGUCCCUCAGCCGCCUCACCAAUCUCCAACACCUGGAUCUCUCACAGUGCGAACUUACAAUGGUGCUACCAGAUUUCAUCGGCAAUCUCACCGCCCUCGUCUCCCUAGAGCUGGACAUGAACAACUUCCAAGGCCCUCUGCCUGACUCUCUCAGCCGCCUCACCAACCUCCAAACCCUCCGAUUAGGUAACAACAGACUCUCUGGUUCCCUUCCGUCCAGUCUGACAGCUCUCACAGCACUCAAACAGUUAUUUGCCCAAAACAACUCCUUCGAAGGCCCUCUGCCGACCUACUUUGGCCGCAUGACCAAGCUUCAGGAGCUGAAGCUCUACUCCAACCCCAUGGGAGGGUCGCUGCCGGAGUCCUACUCGCAACUCAAGAACCUCACCCACCUGUACGCCUCCUCACCCACCUGUACGCCUCCUCACCCACCUGUACGCCUCCUCACCCACCUGUACCCCUUCUCACGCACCUGUACGCCUCCUCACCCACCUGUACGCUUCCUCACCCACCUGUACGCCUCCUCACUCACCUGUACGCCUCCUCACCCACCUGUACGCCUCCUCACCCACCUGUACGCCUCCUCACCCACCUGUACGCCUCCUCACCCACCUGUGCGCCUCCUCACCCACCUGUACGCUUCCUCACCCACCUGUACGCCUCCUCACCCACCUGUACGCCUCCUCACUCACCUGUACGCCUCCUCACCCACCUGUACGCCUCCUCACCCACCUGUACGCCUCCUCACCCACCUGUACGCCUCCUCACCCACCUGUACGCCUCCUCACCCACCUGUACGCCUCCUCACCCACCUGUACGCCUCCUCACCCACCUGUACGCCUCCUCACCCACCUGUACGCCUCCUCACCCACCUGUACGCCUCCUCACCCACCUGUACGCCUCCUCACCCACCUGUACGCCUCCUCACCCACCUGUACGCCUCCUCACCCACCUAUACGCCUCCUCACCCACCUGUACGCCUCCUCACCCACCUGUACGCCUCCUCACCCACCUGUACGCAUCCUCACCCACCUGUACGCCUCCUCACCCACCUGUACGCAUCCUCACCCACCUGUACGCCUCCUCACCCACCUGUACGCCUCCUCACCCACCUGUACGCCUCCUCACCCACCUGUGCGCCUCCUCACCCACCUGUACGCGUCCUCACCUACCUGUACGCCUCCUCUCCCAUCUGUACGCCUCCUCACCCACCUGUAUUCACUCAUCACAUGCUCUUCUGA